AGCUGUCAUGACUAACAUAAAAAAAAGACUUUAAUUAGCAAUGACUGCUUCUUCCUUAAGGUUGAGUGUUUUUGGCUCUUUCUCACAGAAAGUAGACCCCAUUAAUACCUCAUUCCCGGUGAUGAUAUUGAGCUUAGUUUCUUGAGUGGUUCUUUGUAGUUUUUGUUCUUGCUCAGCCUUUUGGCACUGAAAGACUUUGAAAACCCAAUCCAAUUGCCUCUUUUUUUUUCUUUUUUUUUUUAAAUUAAUUCUUUUAUCAUAGAAAAACAUGGAAGAAAAUCUUCCUCCUGGAUUUAGGUUCCAUCCAACUGAUGAAGAACUAAUCACAUACUAUUUGAGUCGAAAAGUUUCAGAUGUCGGUUUCAUGUCGAAAGCUGUUGCCGUUGUUGAUCUCAAUAAGUGCGAACCUUGGGACCUCCCAGGCAAGGCUUCCAUGGGAGAGAAAGAAUGGUAUUUUUUCAGCUUGAGAGACCGGAAAUACCCAACUGGACUUCGGACCAACCGAGCCACCGAAGCUGGAUAUUGGAAAACCACAGGGAAAGACAAGGAAAUUCUCCGCUCAGGUGUACUUGUUGGGAUGAAGAAAACCCUAGUCUUUUACAAGGGUAGAGCUCCUAGGGGUGAGAAAAGCAACUGGGUUAUGCAUGAAUACAGGCUCGAAAACAAGCAUCCUUUCAAAUCCUCAAAGGAAGAGUGGGUGGUUUGCAGGGUUUUCCAAAAGAGUGCAGCCAUGAAAAGGCCACAGCAAUUAGCUUCAUCCUCCAUUGAACCCUCCAUCGAUUCGCCAUGCGAGGCCAACUCGAUGGUAAACGAAUUCGGAGACAUCGAAUUACCAAAUCUGAACACCAACAUUACUACAAAUUCUUCAAGUGGGUUCAACAACAUGAACUGGGUUGCCGCAAGGGAAGCAGCGGCGGCAGCAGCAGCAGCUGCUGCUAGCAGUGCUCUUCCAUCACUUGCAUGGCCAUCAACUUUGCUAAACUCAAAUCACCUUUCGAUGAAUUCUUUGCUUCUAAAAGCAUUACAGCUGAGGAAUACUUUUCAACCAAGAUCAGAACAAUUUUCUAGUACUACUGAUUUCUCGUUUCUGGCUCCGCCCCAAGGUAUUUCUCAGUUGGGUACGGAUUUGAUGAGCUCGAAUUUCCAAGCUUCUUCUUCGAACAAGACGGUUGUAGAAACCAUGCCACAACAAGUACAGCAGCAAGAUCAGCAAUUCAACUUGGAGUCUUUAUGGUGAAAAGCCCUAUUGUGAUCUGCUGAGAAAAGUGUAAAGCUCUAACACAUGUAAGAUUAAUGUAUAUUAAGUUUCUUUCUUCAAAUGGGUAAUCUUGAAGUAACUGGGGCUAUGAAGGAAAACCAAGGAAUCAAUCAAUGGAUAUUGGAAACCCUUCAUUUACAUGAUUUGGCUAAGUUAAUUUUCAUAUGUAAGAGAUAUUUCUGUUGCUGAGGUAAUGUUUAGUUGAUGUAGUUGAUAAAAUAAUAAGGAAGAAAGCCAUGGUUAAGUUUUCAUGGUUUUAGUGUAAUCUAUCAGUUAACUAGUAAUGAAGCUCAUGUAUCAUGUACUAUGUUAUCUA